GCAAUAAAUUCCACAGUUUCACCACCCUCUGGUUCAGAAAUUUCUCCUCAUCUUUGUUGUAUUGAAUAACCUGUUGGCACUACCUUCUGAUUGCCCCCUUUCUGAUCCUGAAUGGUGAAGUCCUCAGUGGAGGCUGAUUACACAAAGAUAGAUGUCAGUGAUGCAAGCAGCCAGAAGGGAAGAGUUAAGUAUAUCGCAGUGCACAUUGUGCCCGACCAGUUGAUGCAUUUCGGUGGAUCCUCGGAUCCCUGUGCCCUUGCCUCUUUAUCCAGCAUUGGCAAAAUCAACAACAAGCAGAACAAGCACUACUCCAGACUGCUGUUUGAAUUGGUGAACAAGCACUUGCACAUUUCUGCUGACAGGAUGUACAUCACUUUCCAGGAUCUGAAUCCCGCUAAUGUUGGCUGGGAUAACUCCACCUUUGGCUAGGUUGUGAUCCUAAGACCAUCCCACCAUGAUAUGCACAGUAAUAGUUUUGUUUGUUGUCUUAUAUUAAUAGUGGCUGAUAAGCCAGAAAUGUGAUUCUUGACAUCAUGUAGGUAAUUCCUUGCAACAAUAAAUUAAAUUCAGCAACUUU